AUGAGUGAGGAAGAUAACGAGAAUGAUCAAUUGUCUAAGAAAUUGGAACAAGAGGAUUCUACAAAUUUGAAUGGAAUUGAUAAAGAUCAAGUACUCAAGGAAUCAACACCAAUCGAUGAACCAACUGUCGAGGAUACAACAACGAAGGAAACUGAAGACACGCUAGAGGCUAAGGAUACACCCGAAAAUGGUGAAUCGAGUAUUCAUGCAAAGAGUUCCCAAAAUGACUCAAAUCUGGAAACAUUACAAGAAUCUUCACCAGUAGUUGAAAUAACUGAAGCCACUGAAUCAAGUUUAACUUUAAAUACAGCUCCCACAAAUGGACAGUCACGUCUUAGAUCAUCAACCUUAUCAUCAACUUCAACAUCUACAGCUACCGUUGAUAAUACACAAAUUUUCAAAAAAACAUUUGAACUAAUACUAAACUCCAAAGAGGCCAAGAAAAAUGAAUCUUUCAAAAAUAAAAUCCAAAAAUCCCUUGAUUCAAUCAACAAUUAUGAUGAUAGAGAUCCUCAUAUAAUAUUUGAUUCUUUAAAGGCAUGUUGCGAAUCGAGUAGCGUUGACUUAAAAUCCAAAGCAGUUGAUUUGUUUGCAAAAUUAUUUGACUAUGCCAAAUUUGAUGAUAAUUUUGACAAAGUUAAACUAACAGAUGAAUCAGUUAAUGUUAUAUCUACAUGUUUUGAUGGAGAAGGUACGGAUCCUGAACUAGAAUUACAAGUAGUUCGUGCCUUAAUGCAUUCUAUUUUAUUAAUGCCUUGUCAUGGUGCAUCUUUGUUACAAGCUGUGAGACAAAUUUAUAAUGUAUUCAUAUUUUCACUAACUGCUAGAAAUCAAGCUAUUGCUCAAGGUAUUUUAACACAAGUUAUUGGCGCAAUUUUUCAAAGAGUUCGUGAUUCAAUGAAUUCAAGAAGUAAAACUAAUAGUUCCACAAGAUUGACUUUAGCAUCAACCGAAAACCUUCCAGAAACAAAAUUAACUUUAACAGAAUUGGAAACAAUCAACACUUCUAUUAAUGACAGUGACAAAGUAAAUGAAGCAAGCUCAGCAAGUGAUACUGAAGAGGAUUUGGCUGUCAAGGAUGCAUUCUUAGUCUUUCGAGCUAUGUGCAAAUUAUCAAUUAAAUCAUUAGAUGCAACAACAAUUGAUAUGAAAUCCCACUCUGUGAGGUCAAAGUUAUUAUCUCUUCAUAUAAUUCAUACAAUAUUAAGGGAACAUAUUGAAAUAUUUUUAAGUCAUGACGUUUUAUUAGUGUCAUCAAAUUCAAAUGAAAGAUUGAUAAAUUCCGUAAGACCUUACAUUAAUCAAGCAUUAUCAAAAAAUGCCGCAUCUGCAUUAGCACCAGUAUUUGAAUUAUCAUUAGAAAUUUUCUGGAUAAUAAUAUCGAAUUUAAGAUCCGAAUUUAAAAGAGAGAUUCCUGUAUUUUGGGAUGAAAUAUAUUUCCCAGUGGGUGAAAUGAAAUCUUCAAGUGCUCAUCAAAAAAGAUAUCUUUUGUCCAUAAUAGAAAGGUUGUGUAAUGACUCAAGAUGUAUCAUAGAAUUUUACCUCAAUUAUGAUUGUGAUAGAAAUAUGCCAAAUAUAUGUGAAAAAUUAAUUGAUCAUUUAACAAAAUUGUCUUUACAAAGAGUUGAGGUUACAGCUCAACAGAAACAGGCAUUUAUAGAAAACAGAAGAAAAGGAAUUUCUGUAUAUGACGUUGGUAAAAUAGCAAAUUUAACGUCAAGUACAAUGUCUUCAAAACCACCCGACCCAGAAAUUUACUACUUGUUUCCUGUUGAAUAUGCUUUGAAAAUGACAUCCAUUAGUUGUUCAGUCGCUUUCCUUCGUUCUUUGUAUUCCUGGGCUCAAAAAGGUUUGAGUGUUAAACCACAACAGCUGCCAACAAAUGGUUCAUCACUUUCAUUAUCAAGAAACAGAUCCGACUCCAACAAUACAUCUGCAAAUGUGAGUAGAAACCCAUCAUUCAUAAACGGUGAUGAUUCUUCAAAAGAGACUGAUAAGAUCGAGCAAUUUGAAAAUCAGAAACAAAGAAAAAAAGCAUUAUUAGAAGGCAUCAAACAAUUUAAUCAAAAAGCUAAAAAAGGUAUAGCUUAUUUUGUAAAUCAUGGCUUUAUUCCUUCAGAUUCUCCAACUGACAUUGCAAAAUUUCUUCUAGAAGUUGAUGGACUUGAUAAAGCUUCUAUAGGUGAGUAUCUUGGUGAAGGUGAUGAGAAGAAUGUUGCUAUAAUGCAUGCAUUUGUUGAUUUAAUGGAAUUUAAUCAGACAGAAUUUGUGGAUGCCAUGAGAAGAUUUUUACAAUCAUUCAGAUUACCUGGGGAAGCUCAAAAAAUUGAUAGAUUUUUGUUGAAAUUUGCUGAAAGGUAUACUAUGGGUAAUCCUGAAUUAUUCGCGAAUGCAGAUACAGCUUACAUACUAGGAUAUUCGGUCAUAAUGCUUAAUACAGAUUUACAUUCACCACAAGUUAAAAAUAGAAUGACAUUUGACAGCUUUGUUAUGAAUAAUUCUGGAAUCGAUGAUGGUAAGGAUAUACCUCGAGAAUUAUUACAAAAGAUUUACGAUGAGAUUUUGAACAAUGAAAUAAAGCUUAAAUCAGAGCAACAUGCCGCGUUAUUAGCAGGGGACUUAACAGUAACACCAACAAGUGCAUCAUCUGGUUUUUUUAGUAGUAGAGAUUUAAACCGUGAAGCAUAUAUAUUUGCAUCAAAGGAAAUGUCUCAAAAGACUGAGAAAUUGAUGAAGAAUUUAGGCAAGAAAACAUCUACGGAUGAUGAUAAUAUGUUCUAUGCAGCAACAAGUAUUUUACAUGUGAAAUCAAUAUUUGAUACUUUAUGGAUGUCAAUUUUAGCUGGUUUGACUCCACCUUUUAAGGAAUAUGAUGAACAUUAUGUAACUAAGGCAUGUUUGGAAGGUAUAAAAUUAUCUUUAAGAAUUGCUUGUAUGUUUAAUCUAGAUUAUGCUCGAGCAUCUUUUAUUGGAGCUUUGGUACAAUUUCAAAAUUUGAAUAAUUACGAGGAAAUGAAACAAAAAAAUGUUGAUGCAAUUUAUAUUAUGUUAGAUUUGGCUGUAGCAGAAGGUGAUAAAUUAGGUGGAGCAUGGAUUCAAAUAUUACGAUCAAUAUCACAAAUUGAACGUCUUCAACUUAUUGCACAAGGUGUUGAUCAAGAUUCUAUACCCGAUGUUACGACGGCAAAACUAAUAACCAGAGUUUCUUCUGAUAGUUCAAGUACAAGUUCAAGCUUUUUUAGUUCAUUUGCAUCUCAAACACCAGCACAAUCAGCAGCAAACAAAUUUCAUAAUCAACAUCUUUCACCUGAAGUUGCUAGAUUGCUACUCAAAACUGACUUGGAAGUUGCCAUUGACAAAGUAUUUACAAAUAGUGCGAAUUUGACAGGAAAUAGUAUAGUUGAAUUUGUUAAAGCAUUAUCUGAAGUUUCAAAAGAAGAAAUAAAUUCAUCAGGUCAAAGUAGUCAUCCUAGAACUUUUUCGUUACAGAAAUUUGUUGAUAUAUGUUACUAUAACAUGAAUAGAAUUCGUCUAGAAUGGACACAUCUUUGGGCAACCAUGGGUGAAACUUUUAAUGCUUUGGGCUGUCACUCUAAUCCGUCAAUUUCAUUUUUUGCUUUGGAUUCAUUAAGACAAUUAUCAAUGAGAUUUCUUGAAAUUGAGGAAUUAGCAAAUUUCAAAUUUCAAAAAGAAUUUUUGAAACCUUUUGAAUAUGUCAUUAUACACAAUAGAUCGUUAGAGGUAAAAGACAUGGUACUUGAAUGCAUGAAUAAUAUGAUCUUAGCAAGAGCAAGUCAAAUAAAGUCAGGUUGGAAGACAAUAUUUAAUGUAUGUACAGCUGGUGCGAAAGAAAAUAAAGAAUCGUUAGUAAUGAAGUCUUAUAAAAUGGCAAUUUGGAUAAACAAAGAGUAUAUUGAAGAAGUCAGACGACAAGAUUCAUUUGGAGAUUUGGUUGUUUGCUUUACGACCCUUGCUAAAAAUGAGAGAUUUCAAAAAAUUAGUUUAUUAUCAUUGGAUGUGUUAUCAAAAUUAAUAUAUGAAAUUGCUCAGUAUAGUUUUUUUGACGAAAACAAUGGAAAUUUAGAAUCGAUUGAAAAAGAUGAACAUUUCACAAAGCUUUGGUUCCCUGUAUUAUUAGGAUUUUUUGACAUAAUUAUGACAGGCGAAGAGUUAGAAGUAAGAUCUAGAGCAUUGAAUUCUUUAUUCGAUUUACUUAUGAAAUAUGGAAAGCAUUUUGAUCAAAAAUUUUGGAAUUUGAUCAGUAAAGAUAUAUUAUUUCCAAUAUUUAAUGUUUUAAGUAAUCAUUGGGAGUUAGGUUUAGAUGAAAUGAAUGAUAAUUUGUCAGUUUGGUUAUCAACCACAUUGAUCCAAGCAUUAAAGAGCAUGAUAAAUCUAUUCACCCAUUAUUUUGAUGAAUUAAACCAUUUAUUGAAUGAAUACUUGAAAUUGAUUACAUCCUGUAUAUGUCAAGAAAAUGAUACUAUUGCAAGAAUUGGACGGGAAUGUUUAACUAAUUUAUUAACAGAUAAUGCAAAGAAACUAGAUCGAGGGCAUUGGGAACAAAUUUUAGAAACUUUCGAAAGUUUAUUUGAACUCACUACUGCAAAAGAAUUAUUUUUAUUAGACCCAUUAAGAGAUGAAGUAGAAGAAGAUAAUAGUGAUAUAGAGCCUUUUAAUAAAGAUGGAUCAGAAAAUUCAGAGCUUAAAAAUCAUAUACUUGAUGACAAUGAAAUGAGAUUGAAAAAAUCAAAAGAUAAAUCCUCAAUAGUAGUUAAAAGUGUUUUGCAAUUACUACUCAUUCAAACAUUAUCUGAUUUAUUUGAGAAUGAUACAUUUUAUGAAACAAUCCCUUACCAAUUUUUAAUGGAUACAGCUGAUCUUUUAUACAAUUCAUACGAAUUUGCAAAGACAUUUAAUGAUGACUAUGACUUAAGAGUUCGUUUAUGGAAUGCAGGGGUUAUAGAAAGAUUACCAAAUUUAUUAAAACAAGAGUCUACAUCAUCAGCUGUAUUUAUAAAUAUAAUGUUCAGAGUUUAUUGUGAUGAUAAUAAAUCAAAACCAGAAGACAAACGAAACAUUUUAAGUAAAUUACAUCCUUUAUGUUUAUCAAUUAUCGACAAUUAUUUGAAAUUUGAUGAAACAAAUCAAAAGAGAAAUAUUACUUCUUGGAAACCAGUAGUGAUAGAAAUUUAUGAAGGAUAUUUUGAAUUAGAUGAUGAGGAUUUUAUUAAUUAUGCCCCACUGAUGUAUGAAUUAGUACUUGAGGUACUAAAUAAGAAUAUAACAAAUGAUUUAAAAGGUGCCUUGAAGAAAUUCUUGACAAAAGUAGGGGAGUUAUUCAUUCAAAGAUAA